AUGCGGUUUCCUGACCGGGAGCACAUCCAGACGGACUCUGCUGACUUUGUUGUGAGCCCAAAGCCGGGGGACAAAGUCAGAUGUGGGGUGUUUGUGAUCGCAGCGACAGAUCUAGACGAUGACAGACGUGGAAUAUUUAAAAAAAUUGUCAGUCAAAAGGAACUGAUGGAGGAAAAAGGGAUUCCAAGCGUUGUUGUUCUUACAAAAGUGGACAAAUUGUGCAAAGAUGCUUCCCAUGUAUACAAGAGCAGUGAUGUGAAAGAGGCUGUGGACACAGCUUCGUCUUUGCUCGGCAUAUCUCGUAACAAUAUAUUUCCUUUGAAAAACUACGAAGACGAGGUAGAGAUUGACGAGGUCGUUAAUAAUAUGGCGUUCACCAUACUGAAACACAUCAUUUAUCGCGCACUGGAUGGAAUGGAGCCUGUCGGCGACCAGUGUACCCACACUGCUGCUUUGGAAACGACCGAAUCUGAUGUUCUUUAA